AUGAAAUUCCUUUUGGUUCUUGCAUUCGUCGCCACAUCGGCCACCGCUCAACAAUUAUCGGCUCAAGCGUUACCAUGCGGUUUCUGUAAGUUUUGAAGAAUUUUCACGGCUCAACGUUUGAAAUUCUCAGCAUGUACUCGCCGUGCUGUAAUCACUUCAUUCAUUGAUGGUCAACCUGGAACAGCAAGCUGUUCUGAAAAUACAAAUGCUGGAAGAUGUGAAGGAUGCUGUAAAGGAAGAGCACUUCAAGAUAGACUUGCUACGGUUCUUUUUUCAUUUUUUUUUCUCAUAUCUAGAAAACCUUUAAUUUUUAGACAUCCGCUACUGGUUUCAUCUCAAACGAUGGUCGCACUUGUGUUUGCUGCUUCAACAAAUCAAACUGUGGUGCAACUGCUUUUGGAAAUGGAAAAUAA